AUUAUAUUUUAACAAUUCUUAUUAAUAAGAAAAAAGAUUACUUACGAACUUUGAAAUUAGCAUGUCGAGUUUGUCGAUUGCACCAUUAUACAAUGCUUUACUUAAUGCAGUACCAAAACAUGAACAUUUAUUGACUGAAAUUGAAUCUUCAGGUGUAAAUAAUAUAGCUCUUGUCAUAAGAGCAAUAUACGAUGGAGAAGAACAUCAUAAAUUUAUGGAAAAAUUGGACGAACGAAUCAAAAGUCAUGAUAGAGAUAUUGAACGUAUGUGCAAUCAUCAUUAUCAAGGAUUCAUUGACUCAAUUCGAGAAUUGCUUCAAGUUCGAUCUCAAGCUCAACAAUUAAGUAGUAAAAUAUUAGAACUCGAUAAACGAAUUGUUCUUACAACCACUGGAGUAAUAGAGAAACGUGAGGAACUUGUAAAAGCAAGAAAAGUUGAGAGUAAUAUGGCUGCGGCAGUAGAUAGUCUCACAAUGUGCCUUCCCGUUUUAGCAGCUUAUGCAAAAUUACAACGUCAAUUAAAAGAUAAACGUUAUUAUCCUGCUUUAAAAACACUUGAACAAUUGGAGAACAAUGAUUUACCAAAGGUGACGAAUUAUAGAUUCUCUUCACAAAUCACUCAACAAAUACCCGUAUUGAGAGAAAAUAUAAAAGACGCUUCAAUGAGUGAUUUGAGAGAUUUUUUGGAAAACAUUCGAAAAUAUUCACCGAAAAUUGGAGAAGUUGCCAUGAGACAUACUGCAGAACAAUUGGAGAAUGAGGCUGAAAUUAUUGGACGUAGAAAAAAACGUUUACAUUCAACGCCAUCAAUUGAAGGUGAUGAGGAAUUAAGCGCACAAGAUCUUAUGGAUUUUAGUCCAGUUUAUCGAUGUAUGCACAUUUACACUGUUUUACGUGAAGGCGAAACAUUUAAAGCUUAUUACAGACAACAGAGGCAACAACAAGCGAGACUCGUUUUACAACCACCAAUUAAUAUGCACGAAAGUAUAAAAGGCUAUCAGUCGUAUGUUUAUGGAAUUCUCGGUUUUUUUGUCGUUGAAGAUCAUAUUCUAAAUACUGGCAAUGGUUUGGCGACUCGAUCAUAUUUAGAAGAACUUUGGUCUAUGGCUUUAUCAAAAAUUGUUAAUGCACUUCGAACACAUUCGGCAUAUUGCACUGAUGCUACGCUAAUAUUAAAAAUUAAAAAUCUCAUAAUGCUGUUCAACACAACAUUAAGAAAUUAUGGCUAUUCUGUUGGUCAACUUUGGGAUUUACUUCAAGAAAUUCGUGUUCAUUAUAAUGAAGUUUUAAUGCAACAUUGGGUACAAGUAUUUAGAGAUAUACUUGAGGAGGAUAAUUUUUUGCCAAUUCAAGUAUCAUCACAAGAAGAAUGUGACAAUGUUCUUGGUUCAUUUCCUUAUCGUAAUAAAGAAUUAGAAAAAUCAGAAUUCCCAAAAACAUUUCCAUUUUCACCAAUGGUGCCAAAAGUCUAUCAACAAGUUAAAGAAUUUAUUUAUGCAUGUUUGAAAUUUUCUGAAGAUUUAAAUUUAACACAAACGGAAAUUGAUGAAAUGAUAUGUAAAUCGACAAAUUUAUUAUUAACACGAACAUUUAGUGGAUGUUUGUCUUCAUUAUUUCGUAAACCAUCGUUGGCAUUACUUCAAGUUGUACAAAUUAUUAUAAAUACUGGAUGGUUGGAAGGAUCGACAAAAUAUCUCGAGGAAUUUCUUUCUAAUAUUACUGGAACUCCACAUGAGGGACAAUUAAGCAGUGGGGGUGUCAAGUCAACAAUGUUUAGAGUAGCACGUGAUGAUGCUGAAAAACAAAUAUGCGUGAAACUCAAGCAAAAAUUGAAUGAAUUUCUUGAAUUAGAAAAUUAUGAUUGGACAUUGAUAGAAUCGCAGGGACACGCCUCGGGUUUUAUUACAGAUCUAAUAGCAUUUUUACACAGUACCUUCAAGUGUUUCACAGACUUACCUCAAGAAGUAGCACAAGUUGCUUGUAAGGCUGCUUGUGCUCAUAUCGCGAAAUCCAUUCUUGAUAUUUUAGUCAGUGAAGAUGUAAAACAAAUCUCAUUGGGUGCAUUACAUCAAGUGAAUUUAGACACAAUUCAGUGUGAGCAAUUUGCUGCUUCUGAUCCAGUGAAGGGUUUACCUGAAGGUGCAUUAUUGGAAAAUUUUGCACAAUUACGACAAUUGUUAGAUCUUUUUACAAAUUGGGAUUGGCCAACGUAUUUUCACGAUUAUGGAAGUGAAUCGAGUAAAUAUAUUCUCGUUACACCAAAUAUGGCAGUCAUAUUAUUAGAAAAACUGAAAGAAUCAGAUAAAAAAACAGUGUUUAUUGUAUUGAAAAAAAGUGAACGAGAAAAAAAGAAACUUUUAGAAACUGUUCUAAAACAAUUGCGCCAAUUAGCUCAAGCAACACAACAAUAAAUUAACCAGCUUAAAAAAAAAAAAAAAAAA